AUGGUCUCUUAUGAUGCACGCCGCUCCCCGGAAGCUUUGGAGCAGACCAACGAGCUAUGCAACUCUGGCAACACUAUCGAAAAUCCUCUGGAUCUCGGCGGCAAUCUAGGCGACACUACUGAGGAUCUUGAAAAUGCUCAGGCUCUUGGCUGUGAUGAGGGCGAUCAGCCAGCUCUCGACACUGAUCUAGGUGACCAUCAGGAUCUAGGCAAUAAUCCGAGUACCCAGCAAGAUAUGAGCGAGUCUCAGCAUGCUCUGAGUGAGGCUGAUCACGCGAGAAUGCAGCCCUUGGUCAGUGAAGAGCUUGAGGAGCCUCAGGCACACGAGGACUUUGGCUACCACAUGUCAGGCUGGACAGACGGGGACAUAGAGACUGUAUCUAGGGAGACUGUGCUUUGGCAUGCUCAGUGGUCUCUCGCCUUCAUUAAACUCAUUCGGAAUGCCUCUCUGGACGAUGAAAAUAAUGCUAUGAGCUGUGAGGCUGUCAGUCGCAUGCGCAACCCGAUGAAAGAUCUCGACGGGCUCGCGGAUCCAGAUAUGCUAAUGUGCAUCCAGUGGUAUCUUACAUUUCCAACAGAAGAUGGCUACCGUGCUCUCUGCGAGGCGCAGACUAGGCGACAUCCAACAAAGAAGGUCUAUUCAAUGAACACCAUUAAGAAACACAUUGAAGAACUCACGGGUAUUCAACCGAUCCACGUACACAUGUGUCCCAAUUCGUGUCUCGCCUUCACCAGUCCGUUUGCAGACCUGUUGAACUGUCCCCUCUGCCAGAAACCGUGUUAUAAUCCCAAGUUCCCUAGGAAAAAGGUGCCAAUUUUGAUGUUCGUUACUCUGCCGGUGGGACCACAGCUUCAGGCUCUCUGGCGGAAUCCUGAACAAGCUGAGAAAAUGGCCUACCGCGAUCUAGAAACGACUAAGAUACUCAGGCUCUUGAGGAGGCAUGCAGCAAGAUCGACAAGUAUGAAGAUAUAUAUCAUGGUGCUCAGUAUCUUCGUGCAGUACAGGAAGGUCCCUGCGCGGACAGACCAGGACUUGCGUUUCUCAACGGUAUGGGCAGCCAUAAUAUGCAAUUCUUGUCACCACGAGCACAGCUAUCAGCACGACGACACCGAUAUCAAUUCCAUGACACAGGCACAGUCACUCUACACCGAGAACAUGGCCCGUAUCGCACACCGUCAAACUAACACCAAGUACGAGCAGGUCUGUCUUGACACGGGGAUUGUUCGGCCCGGUAUACUUUCUGGCUUUCCGGACAAGCACAUUCUCGCUGUGCCGUAUUGCUAUGGGUCUGAUAUUAUGCACCUGGCAGCAUUCAACAUAACUGACAAAAUGAUACCGCUCUGGAGGGGUACAUUCAAACUAGACGACAAAACUGAGAGUGCACUACCACCUGACUCAAAGGACAACUGGGGCUGGACAGUUCUUACCGGCAAAAUCUGGGAUCAGCACGGUGAAUACAUUGCAUAUGCUAUCAUGUAUCUGCCAGGAUCUUUUGACAGACUGCCACGUAACCCGGCUGAGAAAAUCAGCAGUGGAUACAAGGCUUGGGAAUUUCUACUUUAUUUCUAUGGCAUGUGUCCAGCUCUACUGUUUGACCGCUCGCAAAAUCAGCCUCUCCCUCGGGGCACCAAGGAUCUUGGGCGCGGAUACAUUCUCUUAGGUGCCAAAGACCAGCGCCCUGUCAACAUACUUCCGGAAGAGCACCAUAUUGAUCUGGAAGGUCGGAUCAAAUUCGCCGAAGUCCAGUACUAUUUCUACAUCGAGAGCAGAUCAUAUGCCCUAGUCUCUCUCUAUGGAGACUUAGAUCAAGAACUCUUCAUGCUCUCUCAUGGCACGGUAGUCGCAUGCCAGCACCCUCAUGCAGUCAGCCGACUCACUGUGAUUGAUCCUUUUUCCAUCAAAUCCGUUGUCGCAAUGAUACCGCACAAAUUUCCUCAGAUCAAUCGUCUUCUUUGCUACUUAGUUGAGAAGCCUGGGCUGGAGAUCGCCACUUUCGCAGGGCACGAGGAAGUUAUAUCAGAGGACGAGUGA